AUGUUAAUUUUCGUGUUUUUAUUGUCCAUUCCAAGCUUCGAAGCAAUUGCUCCAGGUCUAAAACUAGUCAUAGACCAUGACGGAGGCGCUGAUGAUGCGAUCGCUGUAUAUAUGGCAUUGCUUAAUGAAAAAUACUUUAAUGGAUUUCCAGUCAUUGCACUAACAACUACGCAUGGAAAUGUUGAUGAGCCACAAACGUUCAGAAAUACGCAAAAGUUUUUGGGAAUUGCCGACAGAAACGAUGUACCAAUCUAUAGAGGGAGCAACUUUUCUCUAAUAUAUGAUAUUCCAUCCGACCACUUUUUCGGUUUUGAUGGAUUGGGUGACAGUGAAACUGAGUUCGUUGACAAUAAAGCUCUUAAACCCCAACCGGAACACGCAGCAAUAGCUUUGAUUGAACUGUCCAAAAAAUUUGAAGGUGAAUUAAUUGUUUUAGCUUUAGGUGCAUUAACCAAUAUCGCAUUAGCAAUUAAAUUAGACCCUGGAUUUAUUGGUCGACUUUCACAACUGUACGUAGCAGCCGGUCAUAUUUACAGCGAAGAGUACAAAGAACCAGAAUUUAAUGCUCUCGUGGAUGUAGAAUCGUAUAAGGUUGUAUUACAGAAUAGCCACUACGACAAAGUUACGGUGAUCCCGUUCUCCCAAGUACUUAAGUCACAUAACAUUAGUGCGGAAUGGCGAACAUCAGUUCUGGGAUCCAUACCAACAAAAAUAAUAAAAUCCCUCAAUGUCUUCGAACAAAAGUCAAUUGUUACAAGUAAAACCUGGACUUUAUUGGACCCUGUCGCUAUGGCUAUAGUGCUAAACGAAACUGAAAUGAUUGAAGAAUUAACAUAUGUAUAUAACAGUAUUCAAAUAUGUGAAAAUAGAGGUAUCAAUAUAAAUAAUUUUACAGCGACAGAAAGUAUCAACGCGAGACUUGUAUACAAAGUAAGAGAAGAGCCCUAUAAGAAAAUUCUGAUAGACAUUUUUUCAGCCGAGUUAUUCAGUUGCACAUGA